CCACUACACACUUUACUCUCCUCCAUCAAAAGAAUCUCAUCUCCCACUUCAAACCCUAAAGAAAAAUCAAUCAAAGCUUGCUCCUUUAAUGGCGAGCUUCAUUCUCCCCAUGUCAUCCCUCGUUCUCCUCCUAGCUUUGACCUCACUCUUCUCAAGAAUCUCCAUAUCUGAAGCUUCAUCUUCCUUCUCGUUCACAAGAUACGAUAAAAACGCGAGCUUUAUCUCCGACGACAUUUCCCUCUACGGCGACGCAAAGCUCUUAGAUGGCGGAGCUUCGAUUCAGCUGACUGACUCAGUGAGCCACAUCGGCGGUGGAGUCCUCUACAAGAAACCCAUCGAGUCCAAAGACACUAACGCGGACUACUUCACGGGGUUCUCUACUGUCUUCUCUUUCUCCAUGCCUCCUGGUCGUGGUGGGAGUGUAGGUCUUGUCGUGUUUCCUUCUAACGGAACGUUUGAUCACUCUCUCUUCGAAGUCAAGUUCGAUAUUUCUGAUAAUUUCACCAAGCUUAGAGACUCCAAUGUAACGGUUGGUGUAUAUGGUUCUACGGUUGCUGAGAAGAUAAGCAAUCUCACGGUUGUAAACUUCGAGGAAGAGGAGGAGGAGAUGUUGUUGUACGUCUGGAUUAAUUACCAAGCGAAUAUCAGGUACUUGGAUGCUUCCUUAACCAAUUCAAAACGGUAUAAAUAUCCACAGACUCGGUUCGGUUCUCGGGUUGAUUCGUUGCAAGACGAGGAUGAAUUCAUGGUCGGUGUUAAGUCGUAUAACGGGAACUUUAGCCUCCAUUCUUGGAGAUUACAAGCGGGACACUUCUCUAGGAGUAUGCACUCCUAUGCGGCGCUUCUUGAGUCAAAGCGUAGAUGGGAGGAGAAGGUGGAGAAGAGGAGAAGAGAGAAGAUGCGGGGGACUGUGACUUGCUUCGUCAUGACCUUUGGAUCUAUAGGGCUUGUGUUCUUUGCUGGUAUGCGUAUAUGGGCAGCUUUCAAAAGGAACUAUCUUGUGGUGGUGGUGGGGCCUGAGGAAUGUGGGCAGAAGACAAAGGAGUUCGAGUACGAGAAGAUGGAGAAAAU